GCCAGAUGUUCCAUCUGACCAUGUAUUGAUCCUGUGUGGUUCCUUAGUAAAGAACUGGGGAAGUGUCGUGACAGCUAGCGAACCUUGCUCUGACUCCACACAGAUACCUGUAGUCAUCAUCGAUAGUCAAAGCAUUGAAAUCUAGUCCAGGUGGUGGGAUUGUACCCUUGACCACUACGACCUUCUUAAACAAAUCUAAGUACUUUGUUUUCGUUGGCUCCAGUCGCUGGUAGAAGUCUCUGAAAGGCUGUUUUCUCUGAUGCUGAGUCGGUGUCGUGUUUGAUUUAAACAACAAGUCUCUAGAACUAAGAGAUCAAGUCUCUGGGAGAGAGAAAGAGAAGAACAUGGGAGUCGCUAACUCCAGGGAUCACCAUCUGUACCACCCCUCACAGUCUCCCAUCAAGGUGGUGCUGAAAAGACGCAACGAGCCACUGAAGAAGGAGCGUCUUAAAUGGAAGAAUGAGUACCCUAUGACGGAGGGCCAGCUGAGGUGUAAGAGGGCUGAGUUUUGGGACACGGCCCCAGCCUUUGACGGCAGGAAGGAGAUUUGGGAUGCGCUCCGAGCAGCAGCGGUGGCCGUAGAACUUAACGACCUGGAAAUGGCUCAGGCCAUAGUGGACGGAGCCUGCAUCACACUACCACAUGGUACUCUGACAGAGAGUUAUGAUGAACUGGGGAACCGCUACCAGCUUCCUGCUUACACUCUAACCCCUCCCGCCAAUCUCAUCACUGAACGCACCAAUGACAGCGAAGCUCCCGAAAAAAAGGAGCCGAAAAAGCCUCCCGCCUUUCUCAAAGAGGAGUUCCAGCUACAAGUACGACUCUCGUGCGGUAAGGACCUCCGUAUAAGCGCCUCCAUGUCAGACACCAUCUCCCAGCUGAAGACAGUCCUGGAGGGGCAGGAGGACAUCGAAGUGGCCCACCAACGCUGGUUCUUUGCAGGUAAACUGCUCACAGACAAGAUCCGACUCCAGGACACCAAGAUACAGAAGGACUUUGUGGUCCAGGUCAUCGUCAACAACUACUUACCAGUUACCAAACUCAUGCCAAACUGAGGAGAAAUGGAGAAAGACGGAUGGGAGAGCAGGAGGAAAGGAUUGAGAUGAAAGGGGGACAGAGAGAGGGGUGGCGAAAGACUGGGAUGGAGUGCAGGCAGAAAAGGAUGGGGGAAUGUUGGUCAAGGCCUUAUUUCUCUCCUUGGGAAGUUCAAGCACACCGGGGUCAUGUUCAUUAGUGCACACCGUAGGAAAACGUAACAAAACAUUUUGCAACAUUUCUCAUUGGUCAUGUUCAGAUGGCCCGAAAUGUGGAAAGACUUUUCUUCCAUUUCGUGCCUAGUGAAUAGGACACUGGACUGUUGGUUGAUGCAAUGGAAUGUUGGUUGCUGCAACAGAAUGUUGUAAUUAGUUUGUUUGCUUUUGUAUUUCUUAUCCUCUUUUUGUAUUUUCCUAAUGAGCCCACAUUGUUACUGAGUAAAAAUACACAAAUUCUGCAUAGCCUGGCAAAGCACUGACAAACUGUAGAAUGAACGGGAAGAGAAUCAUGGCAUAUGGAGAAGAGAUAUUUCUCCCAUGAGUCUGUCUGUCUACAAAUCAUUCCUUGUGAGUUUGUCCUUGUGGGACUUUGAACUGUGGAAAGUGUCCUGCCUGAUGGUACAAAUAUCCUAUUGGAUCUCUAUCUAUACUGAAAGCCAAUCGAUUUGUACCCUAUCGAUUGUCUAAUGUUUACCUAAUGGGAGAGAAUAAUAUUGACAGAUUUAUGAACGAAAGUGUAUGUACUGUUUCAAUACUUGUUGGAUCAUCAUAUACAAAUAUUUGAAAUUUUACGUGACAAGGUUCAUAAAAAGUCAACGAUUUGAGGAAAAAGUGAAUAUACAGGUUUAUAAAGGUGAAAAUAGCAGAUUUGAUUUCCAUCUACCGUAUUUUUCGAACCAAUUAUGGAGAAAAUGCUGGAAAGUGUAUGAAUAUUUGUUAAUGAAUUUAUUAAUAAAUAUUCUAAAUGUAAACUGAAGUAGUUUGUCCUAGUUUGUAUUGAAAAUUCAUCCUUAAGUACAGAUGCUAAAUAUUAUUAAAAAGUUACAUUUUAUCUUCACCCAAAGAAUAUAACUAGAAACAGUCAUUUUUCAUUACAAAUUGUGUCUUCCUUUAGCUGUUCAAAAGUUUUUAUGGUAGUUAAAGAGGUUUAUAUGUUUAAAUUGCUAUCAUUGAACAUUUGAAGCUAGUAGUAGUGAUUGUAUUACAAAUAGCAGUACAGUAGUAAUAAUAUCAGCAGUGAGCGACUAUGGUCAUAGUGAGCGACUAUUUGUUUCCAUGUUCCCUCUCCUCACCGUCUCUCCUUGAUUAGUUUUGACAUUUUUCAAAAUGAGGCAAGGAGAGAGGACGGAGGAGAGGAGGCAGGCGGCGAGUAAAACCAAUUGAGAUUCUGCCAGCGUAGGUAGCAUAAGUGUAACCACAUGUAACAUACAGUAUGGAUUUGCAUUAGAAUACGCAUCAAAAGUCCUAAUGCAAAGUUACACCUCACUUUUCUAUUUUUUGAGUUAUUAUAUAAAACUGAUCAGAAUUCCGAAGUCAUAACGGAAAAACAUUUGAGGGGUGUGAAGUAAUAUGGAGGACCCGGCAAGCCAGCCUAUUCCCUAUCAUGUAAACUUCAAAAGUAUAACCAAAUUAAAAGAAAAUGUUUGCACUCAUCAUGAAUACGGGUUUCAAUUUAAUUUUCAGCCAACUUACAAGCAAAUACUUUACGAAUAUAUUGUUACAAAUCAGUUGCAAGGUUGCUAGCCAACUAGCAUGCUAACGUUAUCCCUACUAGACAAAUAGCGUUAGUCCUACCAGUCUGCUCAUUUUAAAUUAGCACUUCAUGAGUCAGCCAGUUGCUAUCUUACUUCUACAUUAAAGUAAACUAACAUUUUAAAUAUUAUUAAUCAUUAGUUAUAAUAGAGACAUGUGGGGUGCCAUAGUCUAGGGUCUACAGCAGAAGUUAAUGGUUAUCUGUAGGAGGAAUGUAUAUGGUGGGUGCAAUUAAGCUUGGAAUGUGCUGAGUGCAGGGAAAACUAUCACAUGUUGGCAGGCACUGAUAAGGGUGGGGAGCCGUGGAUUAGUGAUGAAGGUAGCCGAGGUCAGGUCAGGUCACGUUAAAGGAGAAGGAGAAGUUUAUUUCCUGCGUCACUUAAUUUCCUGCCUAGCAACAGAGAUGGCGUGUUUAGAGAGGAAUAGGAGAUUGCACCCAAAAUUGGGGUAUAUAUAUAUACACACCACCACUAUUGGAAAUGUGUCUUUGUCUGUUCAGCUGUUUGACCCUUUGGGGUGAAUAAACUUGGUUUAAGCUUU